AUGGGAAUUGAUCUCAAGGAGAAAGAAAUCCAGGAACUGAAGGACUGCCUACCAGUUGAUGCCAAUGGGAAGAUUGACUUAAAUGUGUUGGUGAAUGAAGUUAAAAAUAUCACAGGAGAGAAGAUUCCUACUGAGGACCUGAAAAAUGUUCUGAAAGACAUGGGAAUAAAGAUCACAGACAAGGAACAUAAAAAGCUUCUGAAAACUUUGCCAGUUUCUGCUGAUAAAAAGGUGUUUGAGAAAGCAUUACUGGAGGGUGUGAAAUCUUUCAAAGGAGGAAGGGUUAGUGUCAGGGACCUAAAAAAUGUUCUACGGAAUACUGGGUUCAGACUUGAAGAAAAGGAAAUCCAGGACCUGCAGAGCCACCUACCAGUUAUUGAAGAUGAAAAGAUUGAUUUGGAUACAUUGAUGGAAGCAGCUAGUGCUUUUACAGGAGAAAAGGUUGAAGCCAAUGACUUAAAAAAUGUGCUGAGAAAUAUGGGAAUUGAGACCACUGAAAAAGAACAGUUGAUGCUGUUGAAAACUCUGCCAAUCUCUAGAGAUGGAAAGGUGUAUAAGAAGAGAUUACUGAAUAGUGUGAAGCCUCUCAAAGGGAAAAAAGUCAGUGUCAAGAACCUGAACACCCUUGCAAAGAACAUGGGGAUUCAGCUUGAGAAAGAGGACUUUCAGGACUUACUGAACCACCUGCCCAUUGAUGAGAAUAAAAUGGUUGAUUUGAAUGUGGUGAUGGAUGACGCAAAAGCUUUUACAGGAGAGAAAGUUAAUGUCAAUAAUCUGAGCAAUGUGAUGAGGAAAAUGGGGCUAGUACUCACUGAUGAGGAGAAGCAGCAGCUGCUAAAAACUCUACCCAUUCAUGCUGAUGGAAAAGUAUAUAAAAAUAGAUUGCUAAAAGGUGUGAAGGCCCUCAGUGGACCAAGGGUCAAACUCAGAAAAGUGAAAUCUGUAAUGGAAAACAUGGGGAUUAAACUCAAGGAUGAGGAACUUGAGGAACUAAUGUCCCAACUGUCAACUGAUGAUGAUAGAACAGUUGGUCUGAAUGAUUUGAUGGAUACUGUCAGUUGCAUCAAGGGAGAGGUGAUUGAUAUCCAGGACUUCGACAAAUUUCUAGCAAAUGAGGGGAUCGAGCUCACAGAAGAAGACAUGAAGGAGCUGAUGUCUCAUUUGACUGUUAAUGGUCCUAAAAGAUGA